AUGGCGCACCAUAUCCUCCUCAUUGGCGGCCACGGCAAAGUCGCCCAACUCCUCACACCACUCCUAUUGGCCAAAUCAUGGAACGUGACCAGUAUGAUACGUACUGCUUCUCAGAAAUCUACGAUCGAGAAGCUGGGGCAAGGACAGCCCGGAAAGUUGGACGUGCUGGUCAGCAGUGUGGCUGAUGUUAAGAACGAAGGGGAUGCGAAGAGCAUUUUGGAGCAGGUCAAGCCUGAUUGGGUUGUCUGGAGCGCUGGAGCUGGUGGCAAGGGCGGUGCGGAGAUGACGUUUGCAGUCGACCGUGACGCAGCUAUUGCAUUCACAAAAGCUAGCAUUCACACACCUUCUGUCAAGAAAUUCUUGACUGUAUCUUACCUCUCUUCCCGUCGUGGCCGCGCACCCUGGUGGAACGACGAGGACUGGAAGGCGGCACAAAAGGUCAACACGGAGAUCUUGCCGAACUACUUCAAAGCCAAGGUUGCAGCUGACGAGGUCCUCACUGUUCUUUCUCAGGAUCGAGUAGCGAAGGAGGAGAAAGACAGUGUUCCCGCUAAUGAGCGCUUCUGUGGAAUCAGUUUGAGGCCUGGUACGCUGACAGAGGAACCGGCGGGCAAGGUGAAGAUGGGAAAGAUUGGAGCAGGUGGCAAGACGAGCCGUGCGACGGUUGCGGAGAGCGUGGUCGGUGUCUUGGAAGCUGAAGGGGUAAGGGGCUGGGUUGAUGUUAUCGAUGGGGAUGAAGGGAUCAAGGAGGCAGUAGCAAAGUAUGUCAAGGAGAGCCAGGACGCUGUUGAGGGCGAAGACCUCGGGGAGAUGAAGGAGAGAGUUGAGAAGUUAUGA